AAAAAAAAAAAAAAAAAAAAUCUAUCAGUGUAUUGCGUGUACUGAUUCUAUCCUUAAAUCGUUUUAGAAAUGCGGAAGAAACUAAAACUGGACGAUCAUGAGGAGGAGGAGGUGGAUUGUAGUCGUCCUUCGCCAGCAGAUCCGGAGAAGGAAGCUUUCAACGCCCUAGCGAGGUCGUUCAUUCGCAGCGGGGUCAACCCCAACACCAUCAAAACCCCUUCCUUCACAAAGCUCAUACGUCUCCUCAACCCUAAUUUCCGCCCCACUGUUUCCAUCCUCGAGAAAGAAGUUCUGGAGAUACACCAAGAAUGCAAAGAGAAAGCUAAAAGCUUUCUCAACAGUUUCCAAGGGAAGUUAACUCUCUCUUACGAAUGGAUUGUUCUUGGUCAUGGGUGGACUAGAGAUUCCCUUAAAGGCCCCGUCUUGCAGGAGGAUUUCGUCUGCAUCACUGCUCAUUUCGUUGAUGAUGAUUGGAAGGUCAGGAGGUGGAUCCUCGGGUAUGCUAGCGAGGUGGAUGUAGUGGCUAUGGAUGAUCUUUAUGUUCACGGGUUUAGGAAGGCUUGUCAGGGGUUUGAGAUUGAGAGGAAGGUCUCUACUCUUUUACUUCCUAAUGACGAAGGGUUUGAUGAAGAGACGUUGGGUGGUUUCAGGAGAGGGUUGGAAGAGAGGGGACAUAGCUCGAUUUCGCAGCCGGUGUUUCUUGUUUACUGCUGCGCUGAUCUUUUCAGGUUAAUGGUUGAUGAUGUGUUUAGGGAGUUAAGCGGGAAACUGCUGGAGGAUUUGCGUAUGAUUGUUGGAUGGGGGAAGUGUUCGUCUGAGAACUGGCACCUCUGGGUUUCUAAUCUGCAACGAGCUGUUGAUAUGAAGAACGAGGAUGAGUUCUCGAAGGAUGAGAUUUACGAUGACUAUGACAAACCGUCUGAUGAGGAAUGGGUGAAGAUAGAGACUUUUAGCAGGCUCGUUGGCUGUAUGUAUAAAGUGGCGGUGGAGCUUUUCGAGGGAGGGUAUUCGACGUCUAAUGUGUACUUCUACCUUCUUGCUGAGCUGAAGGUGAUGUUGGAGAAGGAGCUUGAGGGGGCUGAUAGUGAUUACUUUCGCUGCAAUGCUAAGUGGAUGUUGAAGAGGUUUGAUAAGUAUUGGGAUCAUAUGUUUCUGGUUUUGGCUACUGCUUCUGUGUUGGAUCCUAGGUUCAAGAUGAAGUAUCUUGAGUUUUACUGCUCUAAGAAGAUUGACAAUGAUGAAGGCUCGAAAGCUGAAACUGUUUUGGGCUAUUUGCACAGUCUGUAUGCUCGCUAUGCAGCUAGUGAUAUCUGUCAAAAACCAAUAUGCCCGGUUGCUAAAGUUGACUCCAAAGAAGAAGGUGAAAAUGAUGAUGGAGGAGGAGAAGAAGAAGAUCAUGAUGAAUUACAAGAUGGUGAAGAAGAUUAUGAUGAAGAACAAGAAGGAGAAAAUGAAGAAGAUUCUGAUGAAGAACUAGGAGAAGGAAAAGAAGAUUAUGAUGAAGAAGAAGAGGAUUAUGACGAAGAACAAGAAGAUGGAGAAAAGUAUGAUUCUGAUUCAUCAGAAGAAGCAGAAAGGGAAGCAAGAAAGAACAGAGAAAAGAAGCCUGACGCCUGCAAAGAUUUUGCUUUCUUUCAAGAAUUUCUCAAGUUUGAAGGAUCAUCUCCAAGAGAGUGUGGUGAAUCAGAGCUUGAUGCCUACCUCAAAGAACCGGUUAUGGAGUGGAACAAAGACUUCAAAGCAGUGGACUGGUGGAGAGAAGAAGGUCACAAGUAUCCAGUUCUCUCUCGAGUAGCUCGAGACAUUCUCUCAAUCCCAAUCUCACGAGCCACGUCGUACCAUGCUUAUGGAAUGGACAGAAGAGAGCCUCCUGCGUUCGUCGUGUCCUUGGAAGCCGAAGUUGCCAACGCCAUGAUGUGCAGCAAAAAAUGGUUACGACUUUGACAGUCUGUCAGAAUUGGUAACAACAUUUCCCUUUUCUAGUUUGAACUUUUACCCUUUUGUGGUCUUCAUGAAACUCAAUAUCUAUGUUUUUCGUUUUAGUACUAUUCCAUCUGCGCUUUCUACA